AUGGCCUCACAGCUGCAGGUGUUCUCCCCUCCGUCAGUAUCCUCGAGUGCCUUCUGCAGUGCCAAGAAACUGAAAGUGGAGCCCUCUGCCUGGGAUGUGUCGGGACAGAGCAGCAGUGACAAGUAUUAUACCCACAGCAAAAACCUCCCGUCCGCUCAAGGGCAGGCGAGCUCCUCUCAUCAGGUAGCCAAUUUCAGCAUUGCCCCUUACGAGCAGAACCUCCUUCUCCCCACUUCUUCGGUCGAGCACAUUGUGGUCACAGCAGCAGACAGCACUGGCAGCAGUGCGACGGUGUCCUACCAGAACAGCCAAACCCUAGCCCAUAGGAGCAACGUUUCUUUACUGGAACCCUACCAAAAAUGUGGAUUAAAAAGGAAAAGUGAAGAGGUUGACAGCAACGGUAGUGUGCAAAUAAUUGAGGAACAUCCACCUCUCAUGCUGCAAAACAGACCUGCGGUGGGUGCUGCGGCCACGACCACCACGGUAACCACUAAGAGCAGCAGUUCCAGUGGUGAAGGGGAUUAUCAGCUGGUUCAGCAUGAGAUCCUGUGCUCUAUGACAAACAGCUAUGAAGUCUUGGAAUUCCUGGGCCGAGGGACGUUUGGGCAGGUGGCAAAAUGCUGGAAGCGUAGCACAAAGGAGAUUGUAGCCAUCAAAAUCUUGAAAAACCAUCCUUCCUAUGCUAGACAGGGCCAGAUAGAAGUGAGCAUUCUCUCUCGCUUGAGCAGUGAGAAUGCUGAUGAAUAUAACUUUGUUCGCUCCUAUGAAUGCUUUCAACACAAGAAUCAUACAUGUCUUGUCUUUGAGAUGCUAGAACAGAACUUAUAUGAUUUCUUAAAGCAAAAUAAAUUCAGCCCAUUGCCUCUGAAAUACAUUCGGCCAAUUCUGCAGCAAGUGGCUACUGCCUUGAUGAAGCUAAAGAGCUUAGGUCUGAUACAUGCUGACUUGAAACCAGAAAACAUCAUGUUGGUGGAUCCUGCCCGUCAGCCCUAUAGAGUGAAGGUGAUAGACUUUGGUUCGGCCAGCCAUGUGUCCAAAGCGGUGUGCUCCACUUACUUGCAGUCCCGCUAUUACAGAGCUCCUGAAAUCAUCUUGGGUUUACCUUUCUGUGAAGCUAUCGACAUGUGGUCACUAGGCUGUGUGAUAGCUGAGCUGUUUCUAGGCUGGCCUCUGUACCCAGGAGCAUCCGAGUAUGAUCAGAUUCGUUAUAUUUCACAAACUCAAGGCCUUCCAGCAGAGUAUCUUCUCAGUGCAGGAACGAAAACAAGCAGGUUUUUUAACAGAGACCCAAAUUUGGGAUAUCCACUGUGGAGGCUAAAGACUCCAGAGGAGCAUGAGUUGGAGACGGGAAUAAAAUCAAAAGAAGCUCGGAAAUAUAUAUUCAAUUGUUUGGAUGAUAUGGCGCAGGUGAAUAUGUCUACAGACUUGGAAGGGACAGACAUGUUGGCAGAGAAGGCUGACCGAAGGGAAUAUAUUGAUUUGUUGAAGAAAAUGUUGACAAUUGAUGCAGAUAAGAGAAUUACUCCGCUGAAGACUUUGAACCAUCCUUUUGUUACAAUGACACAUCUACUGGAUUUCCCACACAGCAAUCAUGUGAAAUCCUGCUUUCAAAAUAUGGAGAUCUGCAAACGAAGAGUUAAUAUGUAUGAUACAGUGAAUCAGAUUAAGAGCCCAUUUACAACACAUGUUGCUCCUAAUACAAGCACAAAUCUGACAAUGAGCUUUAACAACCAGCUCAAUACAGUACAUAAUCAGGUAGGUAUAUCCUUUAGCUGUGCUAUAGCAAUAUAGGAUAUGUAGCAGUCUGAUUCGGAUGUCUCGCUGCUAAACUAUCAGUCUGCUCUGUAUCCAUCAUCUGCCGCACCAGUUGCAGGAGUGGCACAACAGAGUGUUUCCUUGCAGCCUGGAACCACCCAGAUCUGCACACAGACUGACCCGUUCCAGCAAACAUUCAUUGUCUGUCCCCCUGCUUUUCAAACUGGACUUCAGGCAACUACAAAGCACUCUGGGUUCCCAGUAAGGGUGGAGAAUGCUGUCCCAAUUGUACCCCAAGCACCUGCAGCACAGCCACUGCAGAUCCAGUCUGGAGUUCUUACACAGGGAAGCUGUACACCACUAAUGGUAGCAACUCUUCAUCCUCAAGUAGCCACCAUCACGCCGCAGUAUGCGGUCCCCUUUACUCUGAACUGCGCAGCCGGCCGGCCAGCGCUAGUAGAACAGACGGCUGCAGUACUGCAAGCCUGGCCUGGGGGAACCCAGCAGAUACUGCUUCCUUCCACUUGGCAGCAGCUCCCAGGGGUUGCUCUGCACAACUCCGUUCAGCCAACAGCUGUGAUUCCGGAGGCGAUCGGCGGCAGCCAGCAGUUAGCCGACUGGAGGAACGCACAUUCCCAUGGAAAUCAGUACAGCGCACUCAUGCAACAGCCAUCACUGCUGACCAACCAUGUGACUUUAGCUACAACACAGCCCCUGAAUGUUGGAGUUGCUCAUGUUGUGAGACAGCAGCAAAGCAGCAAUGUUGCAGCAAAGAAGAACAAACAGCCAGCACCAAGCUCAGCCAAGUCCAGCUCAACUCUAGAGACUGUGCCCUCCCAAGUUUACUCGCUCAUUGGAAGCAGUCCUCUGCGCUCCACCUCCUCUUCCUCCAACGUCCUUGUCCCAGUGCAGGAGCAGCACCAGCCCAUUGUUAUCCCAGACACUCCAAGCCCUCCUGUCAGUGUCAUCACCAUUCGCAGCGACACUGAUGAAGAGGAGGACAGCAAAUACAAACCUGCCAGUUUGGGCAUGAAGCAGAGGUCCAAUGUCAUCAGCUAUGUUACUCUUAAUGACUCCCCCGAUUCCGACUCCUCUCUGAACAGCCCCUAUGCUGCAGACCCACUUUCCUCUCUCAGGAGUACAAGUGGUGUCCUGGAGCUGCCUAGCAGGGGAGCAGCUGAUAGCUCCAGCUCUCGGACUAUCAUUGUGCCACCGUUGAAAACACAGCUUAAUGACUGCAUUGUAGCUACCCAGGCUUCAGGUGUCCUGAGCAGUACCAGUAAGACCAAGCCAGUGGCCUCUGUGAGUGGGCAAUCAUCAGGUUGCUGUAUAACACCUACUGGGUACCGAUCGCAUCGUGUGGUGACGAAUGGCAUGCAGCCCCUCAAUCUCAGUCAGAACCAGCAAACAACAGUGCUGGCCUCGCAGGAGAGAAACGGAAAUGCAGUCUCACGUAGGCAGCAGGCUUAUGUGGCUCCCCUCACAUCAACUAUUUCUCAGGCUCCCUACCCGUUUCAGCACAGCAGCCCGGUGCAUCCCCAUUUGGCGGCAGCAACAGCAAACGCGCAUCUGUCCAGCCAGCCACAUAUGUACACUUACGCUCCAACCACUGCGGCCACGCUGGGCUCCACCACGUCCAUCGCGCAUCUCUUCUCCCCUCAGGGCUCUUCACGGCACACCACGUAUGCCCACCCCAGCACGCUCGUCCAUCAGGUCCCCGUGAGUGUUGGUCCAAGUCUGCUGACCUCUGCAAACGUCCCGCCCGCCCAGUACCAACACCAGUUUGCUCCCCAGUCCUAUAUUGGUGCUUCCAGAGGAUCUGCAAUUUACACUGGAUAUCCGCUGAGCCCUACAAAGAUCAACCAGUACUCGUACUUGUAGAUCACAGUAGAGCACUGUCCUGCAACAGGCCAGAGAGUUUGGAAAAGGAUUUCAGGUGAACCUUUACCUGGUGAUGACUGCCUGGGGUUUGUUUCUCCCUGAUCUGGUUGUGUGUUGUUCAGAAUUGUCUCAUGAGUUCAGUCACUAACUGUGCACCAUGCUUUGUUACCAGUAUGGAGGUUGCUAAUUAAGUUUUUAAGAUUUUACUUACUUUUUAUAGAUGCUUUUUUAAAAAAUCAUAUUCCCAUUUAUU